GAACCCGACAGCUGAGGCUGGAAACAUCAUGUCUGAUGCUGACUGGAAUUAAAAGCUCCAUUUUUUACAAGCUGGUUUAGAUUCUCAAUCCUGGUCCUCAGGACCCACUGGUUUUAAAGGUAACCCUACACACCUGAAUGAAAUAAUUGACCUGUUAAUGGUGCAAAGAACUUGAUGAGGACGUUUAUAAACUGGAAUCAGGUGUGUUGGAGCUGGAACAUUUCUAAAACAUGCUGCAGCUAAACUUGUAAACACACAGUUUUUUGUUUUGUGUUUUUUAGUAAAUAAAAAAUUGAGUUUUAAGGGUUAAUCAUCAUGCUUAUCUGGCCCCGUUUUUUUAAAGCAAAUAUCUGAUUUUGGCUCUCCUCAUCAAACAUGUUAUGUUUCCAGGCUGAGCCCCUCCCCCCGGCGGCUGUAGCUCACUUCCUGACACACCUGUCCAGGUGAGCUGCGCAGCCGCUGCAGCUCCAGGAUCCAGCAACAGGGUUUUUGCUGACAUUUGGACCUCUGGAACUGACAGGACCCAGUCUGAUUCCAGGACCUGGUGUGGUUUUGGGACUCGGUCUGGUUUUAAGACCCACUCUGGUUCCAGGAUGACAGACUCCAUGAGGACUCAGCUGGUGAGCGCCAUCCAUCUGCAGGAGGUGGAACUGCAGGAGAAACCUGCAGAGAACCAGCAGAGCGGCCAGAACAACAAUGAGGAGAAGUAUACGGUGGAGGAUGCAGUAGAAACCAUCGGCUUCGGCCGCUUCCACAUCCUGCUGUUCUUCAUCAUGGGCAGUACCAACAUUGUGGAGGCGAUGGAGAUCAUGCUGCUGGCGGUGGUUUCUCCUGAGAUUCGAUGUGAGUGGCGUCUGGAUGACUGGCAGGUGGCGCUUGUCUCCACGAUGGUGUUUCUGGGCUUCAUGGUCUGCGGUGUUCUGAGCGGAUACAUCGCUGAUCGAUACGGACGCUGGAAGGUGGUGUUUGGAGGCUUUGUGUGGAGCGCUUACUUCUCUCUGCUCACAUCCUUCGCGCCGUCAUACGGUUGGUUCAUCUUUCUGCGCAGCAUGGUGGGCUGUGGCGUCUCAGGAGUGUCACAGGGGUUUGUGCUUAAAACGGAGUUCAUCCCGGCCAAGUAUCGAGCCUUCUUGCUGCCUCUGGCCACGAUCUUCUGGAUGACGGGCUCCAUGCUGAUCAUCAUUCUAGGAAUGUUAGUGGUUCCCGGUCUGGGCUGGAGGUGGAUGAUUCGACUGUCCGUCACCCCUAGUGUCAUCCUCAUCUUCCUCUUCAAGUUCAUCCCUGAGUCGGCUCGUUACCAGGUGUCGGCGGGAAACGUGGGUGCGGCGGUGAAAACGCUGCAGAGGAUCGCCACCAUGAACAGAACUUCACUUCCUCCAGGACGGCUGGUGGAGCCACCGGUGAGAGAAAGAGGAAGCUGGAGAAUUCUGCUCAGUUCAUCCUUCAGGAGGACGUCGGUGCUGCUCUGGUACUCCUGGUUUGUGGCAUCUUUCUCCUACUACGGGUCAGUGCUGAGUAGCUCGGAGCUUUUGGAGAAGAACCUGCUUUGUGUGACCAAUCCCGACCCAGAGCAUCAGGUCCAACACCGCCACCAGGACGGACUGUGUUACUGCAUCCCCUUCGGAAGCAGCGACUACCAGACGCUGCUGAUCAGCUGCCUGGGGGAGGUCGCAUUGGUCCCAGUAAACAUCGCUCUGCUCAAUGUGUUUGGACGGAAAAUUAGUCUGACGGUCCUCCAGCUGCUGAUGGCCAUUUUCUUCAUGCUGGUCAACAUCUGCACCACCAUGUUUGGGUUCACGGUCCUGCUGUUCCUGCUCCGGUCUCUGGUCUCCAUGAACUUCAAUGUGGUCUACAUUUAUACAGCUGAGGUGUACCCGACCGUGGCCCGCUCUCUGGGGAUGGGCUUCUGUACGUCCUUCAGUCGGAUUGGAGGGAUGAUUGCUCCCUUCAUUGCUCAGGUGCUGAUGUCUCAAUCCGUGAUUCUGGCUCUCAGUCCAUUCGCCGUGGCCUCUGUGGUCUGUGCUCUGGGAAACUUCCUGUUGCCCAUAGAAACCCGAGGACGAGCUCUGCUGCAAAACUCUUGACGACCACCACUUCUCUGAACAGCUUCCUGUUUAUUUGGGUCUCGUGGGUAAAACAUGAAAAAUGUUUCAGAACCCUUGUAGAACCAGACCUUCUUCAGAACCCUUGUAGAACCAGACCUUCUUCAGAACCCUUGUAGAACCGGACCUUCUUCAGAACCCUGGUGGAAAGGGUUCUAACAGAACCCUGAGGAUGCAAAGGAUUCAGUUUGCUGCUGAUAAAAUGGUUUCAUGUGAAUUUCGUGUCCGAGUUGUAUUUCAAGCUUUUCCAGGUUUUCCAGAUUUUUAAAAUUUUUGUUCAGGUUUUCCAGGUUUUUUUUUAUUAUUAUUUUUUCAGAUUCUUCAUGGUUUUUAAGUUUUUGCAGAUUUCUCCAGGUUUUUCCUUUUUUUUUUUCUUCAGGCUUUCCAGGUUUCUUUAGGUUUUCCAUGGCUGUCCAUGUUUUCCAGGUUUUUUCAGUUUUUCCAGGUUUCUCCUGAUUUUACUAGAUUUCCUCUGGGUUUUCCAGUUUUUUUUUUUCUAUGUUUUUUUUCCAACUUCUAUUGUCUAGUUUUUGCGAGUUGAUGGUACCGGGUGUGGUCUCCUACUGGUCGCCCAUCUGCUGGGACGUGUUGUUGAGAUGAUCUCUGACAGGAUGAAUAAAGAUGGUGGAAGAAGA